ACACAGACUUAAAUCUGAUUUGUCCCACUAUAUUACAGUUUUUUACGAUUGUUUACACUGUAAAAUAAAAAUUUCCACACAAUUUGCAAAAGUCUACUCCAAGGAGCAAAACACCGCCACAGAUUUGCACAACAUUACACACAAUGUCUGCUUCACUCUUUUUGCAAAACAUUACACACAGUGAUUUGUAAAACUCUACACACAUUUCGACAGCUUAGACACAGAUAAGGAUUGUGAGGUUACUUCCUUGUCAUUACAAAGCCCCAGAUUGCCAAUGACCACACUAAUGAACUAAUUGGAUAAGCACAUCCACAAAGUGUGGAAGCACACAUGUGCUAAUUAGAAAACGCAGCACUCAGGUGUGCUAUAAAAGGCAGCAGGUGAGUUCACCUGUAUUCAUCAAAAAUGGAAGGAGCUAGAAGAAGAGUGAGAAUGAGAGGGGGAGCUCAAAGAGGAGAAGAAGAAGGUAGAGGAAGAGGCCUAGGUAGAGGAAGUGGAGAAGGAGGAGAUAGAGGAAGAGGCCUAGGUAGAGGAAGAGGAGAAGAAGAAGGUAGAGGAAGAGGCCUAGGUAGAGGAAGAGGAGAAGGAGGAGAUAGAGGAAGAGGCCUAGGUAGAGGAAGAGGUAGAGAAGAACUUGAAGAGUUGACAGAACCUGAACAAAGAAGACGAGGACCAAAUUUGACUCAAGAAAUCCGUGCAACACUUAUUGACCAUGUUCUCAACCAUGGACUGACACUGAUGGAAGCUGGACAAAGAGUUCAACCAAAUCUCAGCAGAAAUACUGUUGCGUCAGUAAUUCGGACAUUUCAUCGAGAAAACAGGAUUGAGGGUCGAGGACACCAAGGUGGAAGGGGCCCUAUGUUCACCCGUGCACAAGAGGCCGCCAUAGUGAACAUGGUUGUGGCCAAUAAUUGUAUCAGGCUGCGAGAAAUCCAAGCCAAUAUCAUCAACGAUGACCGUAUUUUCAAUAACAUCCACCGAGUCUCUCUGUCAACAUUAGCUCGAAUCCUCAAGAAAAAGCAAGUACACAUGAAGCAACUAUAUCGGGUACCAUUUGACAGAAAUUCAGAGAGAGUGAAACAUCUGCACUCUGAAUAUGUGGAGAGAGUCUUGCAAAUGGAUGCAGAACAAAUUCAGCAUGAAUUUAUAUAUGUGGAUGAGGCUGGAUUUAACCUUGCAAAAACACGAAGACGAGGGAGAAAUGUAAUUGGACACAGGGCAAUCACCAAUGUGCCAGGGCAGCGAGGGGGUAACAUCACCCUCUGCGCUGCUAUCACACAAAAUGGGGUCCUCCACCACCAUGCAAAUCUGGGACCCUAUAAUGCAAAUCUAAUACUUGCAUUUCUUGACAGAUUGCACGAGAUUGUCACAGCAUUAAACAAAGUGGACCAGAUGCGGUACAUUGUCGUUUGGGACAAUGUCUCAUUCCAUCGGGCUGCUCUGGUCCAGAAUUGGUUCCAUGGUCACCCUGAUUUUGAAGUGUUAUACCUUCCCCCAUACUCCCCCUUCCUGAAUCCAAUCGAAGAGUUUUUUUCAGCGUGGCGGUGGAAGGUAUACGACCUGCGGCCCUAUGACCGUUUGCCCCUCAUUCAGGCCAUGGAGCAGGCAUGUGAUCAAAUCGACGCAGCUUCUGUGCAGGGGUGGAUUCGUCACUCAAGGCGAUUCUUCCAACGGUGCCUUGCCAAUGAAGACAUAGCCUGUGAUGUGGAUGAAAUCUUAUGGCCUGAUCCAGCCAGACGGAGAGAUGAGGAAUAGUUACAGUAUUUGUGUUGCUUUUUUUUCCAGAGUCAAACUGUAUGUACUUCAGGCAGUAAUUUUUAUUUGUCUACAGAUUUUAUUUGUUUCAUUGAUUUCAUUGUUGGUUGAUUACUGUAACUGAUUAUGGUAAGAAAUACUGUAUUUCUUGAAUUGAAAUAAAUACCGGUACUUGAAAUAUUCAGUCUGCAGCAUCAGUGUUGUGCAGUGCUUGGUAAGUUUAUAGUAGGCCUAUUUGUGUACAUUCUCCCUAUAUCUCAAACUAAUCAUGAAGAAUGUUGUGGGUUUGUCACUAUUUUUUGUCAUCGAAAUGAUCCCUUACAUAA